AACAAUUUCCCAGGCUUGAAUUCCAAUAGAGGAGUGACUCAGUAGAACUCCAUUCUACCGCUAUGAAGAAAAGUGGUGUUUCUCUCCUUCUGGGUAUCAUCUUCCUGACUCUGAUUGAAGUUCAAGGAGUCCCAAUAAUGAAGAAAGGACGCUGUUUCUGCAUCAACACCAACCAAGGGAUGAUCCACCUAAAAUCCUUAAAGGACCUUAAACAGUUUUCCCCAAGUCCUUCUUGUGAGAAAACUGAAAUCAUCGCUACAAUGAAGAAUGGGACUCAAACAUGUCUAAACCCAGAUUCAACAAAUGUGAAAAAAUUGAUGAAAGAGUGGGAGAAACAGGUUGGUGAAAAGAAGAAACAAAUUUUUUUUUUCUCUUAGAAAUUAACUUUGGAAGACAAAGAAUCUAUGUAGUUCCUUUAAAGGUCAGCCAAAAGAAAAAGCAAAAGAAAGAGAAAAAAAAAACAUCAAAAAAAGCAGGGAAUUCAAAAAGUUAAACGAUCUCCACGUCCUCAUCAAAAGAAGACUAUGUAAUUGACAGCUUUACCGACAAAUAUUUCCUGUUUAAAAUGUUCUUUUUAAUUAUACUGAAAUAAUUCCAGCACCUUAAUCCAUAAGCUUGUUGAUCUGACUAGAAAUUAUAAAGCAUCAUUAUGAAAUUGUAAUUGAAGCUAAAAAGUAGCUUUUAAAAUCCAAAUGUUAAGAAUUGUUAGAGGCUAUAGUUUGUCUCAUUCUUCCACCUACAGCCAGCUGAAUUUCAUCAUGUUUAAGAGCAGGAUCUUAGUAACACCCACAUGUGGACAGAUGGCCACACAACAGCUCAUACACAACAGCUGCCUGGGAGAGCAGCCUUAGGCUUCCCAGACCACAGCCUGCAGUUUCUAAGUGUAUUCUGAGGCACAUGUCAGCAAGUGCCAGCUUGUCAGCUUGCUGAUAAGCCAAGCAGUUUGGAAUUGAGCUGGACCUCACUAAGCUGCCAUGGCCAUCAGCAUCUGUAUUUGAAUCCGCCUACAGGCCUCACAGGCAAUGUAUCUGAGAGGUAAAUGCUGGUAGUUUCUGGGAACCAACACUGGAGAACACUAGCACUUAGCUUUCAGAACCUCCCAUCUCACUUUUGAGGCCAUGUGACUCCAUCUUACCUGCCCAGGCUGUCCACUUGGUUUCUGUUGUUCCCCUUUGCCUCAGCCAAGCCAGUUCCUCACUGUCCGACCACAGUUCAGUGCCUGCCUCCUCUACUGUGCUGACCUGGUCUACUCUCUUCUCAUUAUUUCCCCAACACCCCACAGGAAUGCCUUCUUCUCCCCACUCAUCUUCACUUUACCCAGGCUUCAAGAUUCAAUUCAAUCCUGCCUCUUAAAUAAAACCUUCUGGACACUCAGAUUAUCUCAAAACCCUAUUUCACAUGUGCUCCACACCACACAGGUGAGCACUUCAUUAUUUUCUAAUUUUUGUGUGUGUUUUUUUCUAUCUCUCCAGCUCCUUAAGGGCAGGAGCCAAGUUUAUUUCCCUGAAUCUGCCACUGUGCCUCAUAUACUGUGGGACUAGAUUUUGAAUGAUUCCUUAAUUGCAGUUGUUACACGUAGGAGGGAAGCCAGGCCAUCCCCUCAGAGCAGGAGCUGGCUAUCUGUAGCAAGAUUCAAUAUUGAGUAACCCCUGGGUAAAUUCAUUAUCUUCAGGCCAUUAUCCCUGAAAGCACCCGGGGUGAUGCAACAUCCUUGUCUUAUGACAGGAUGUUAACUUGGCCUCUUGAGCAGAUAAGAAGGAAAUGUUUAACCAUUUAUGGAAGUUCUGAACUGUUUUCAUAAAAUAUACAGGGAACCUAGAAUCACAGAAUCUUACAAGGAGCUUUAUAAAUCAACCAGUGUCAAAACCUUCACCACCCCAUGCAAAUUCCUUCAGUACAAUUCCUGACAAGCCUCGGUUUUCUAUGAUAUGACAAGAAAGCCACCAACAUCCUUUUGAAAACUCAUUUUAGGUAAAUAUGAAUGUCCUUGUCAUUAAACUUUUCUCAGAGUUGGUAAAA